AUGGACACCAACACCACCACCCAGCCAUCCAAGGCCAAGUCCUCGGCCACGCCUGACUCGGACCAAGCCUACGCCGUCUACCCGACCGGACUCAAGCUGGCCCUCAUCAUCAUGUCGAUCUGCCUGUGUGUCUUCCUGGUCGCGCUGGACCAGACCAUCAUCGCACCCGCGCUGGGCGCCAUCACGAGCGAGUUCGGCUCGGUCAAGGACAUUGGCUGGUACGGGUCGGCGUACCUGCUGACGACAACGGCGCUGCAGCCCGUCUACGGCUCGCUGUACCGCAUGUUCAGCGUCAAGUUCACGUACCUGGCCGCCGUGUUCCUGUUUGAGCUGGGCAGCCUGGUGUGCGCGCUGGCGCCGACGAGCGAGGCCUUCAUCGUGGGGCGCGCCCUGGCCGGGAUCGGCACCGCGGGCCUCUUCUCGGGCGGCAUCGUCAUCCUGAGCUACACCCUGCCGCUCCGCAAGCGGCCCGCCGCCUUCGGCCUGAUCGGCGGCAUGUGGGGCAUCGCCAGCGUCGCCGGCCCCCUCCUGGGCGGCGCCUUCACCGACAAUGUGACGUGGCGCUGGUGCUUCUACAUCAACCUGCCCAUCGGCGGCGCGGCCAUGGUGGCCAUCUUCUUCAUUUUGCGUAUCGACAAGGAGACCAAUCCGACCGGACAGUCGUGGAUUGCCAGGGUCCUGAGUCUCGAUCUGCCUGGUACGGCCAUGCUCGUUCCGUCCAUUGUGUGCCUGCUCUUGGCGCUGGAGUGGGGUGGCACGGAGCAUCCGUGGAACAGCUCGGUCAUUAUCGGGCUGUUUGUUGGCUUCGCCGUCAUGAUGAUUAUCUUCAUCGGGAUCCAGAUUUGGAAGGGAGAUAAGGGCACGCUGCCCCCGCGGCUGUUCAAGAACCGGAAUGUACUUUGCGCGAUGCUAUUCUCCUUUUUCUUUGGGGCGGGCUUCUACCCGCUGGUAUACUACAUGUCGCUCUACUUCCAGGCCAUUCAGGGCGAUAGUGCAGUCCAAGCCGGAAUCAAACAGCUUCCACUGCUGAUCGCGACUGUCAUCUGCUCGACGGCUUCUGGCGGCUUGGUCACGGUUGUCGGCUACUACAACCCUUUCAUCCUGCCGUGCAUGGUCCUGUUUACAGUUGGGAGUGGCAUGAUUACGACCCUUGGGCUCGAUAGUCCGCUAAGGGAAUGGUUUGGAUACCAGGUCCUUGCCGGCCUCGGAGUCGGUAUCGGUUUCCAAGCUGGUAUCCUGGUCGUCCAGAACGUCAUGACGUUUGAGUGGGUCGCUGUAGCGACGGCCUGCGUCCAGUUCUUCCAGACGCUCGGGGGCGCCAUCUUCAUCGCCGUGGCACAAUCCGUCUUCCAAAACGGCAUCACCGAGGGCAUCGAGCGGGAUGUUCCUGGCCUGCCACCUCAGGCUUUUAUCAACAGCGGCGCGUCUCAAAUCAGACAGGUACUUGCCCAGUUGAAUGCCACCGAGUAUACGGUCCCUGUCCUCAGCGCAUACCUGCAAGGGCUGCGCAACGCCUACUUUAUUAGCGUCGGGUGCGCGGGCGCCGCCUUCGUCGUUGCUCUUGGAUUCAGCUGGAAAAAGAUCAAGAAACACAACCAGGCAGCCGGUGGGAAGGAAGGCUCCGCCGAAAAGGGCGGGCUCAAGAAGGACGGGAACGGCGAAACCGCAGAAGCAUAA